UUUUAUUUUUUGAUUAAUGUAUUCAUUUAUUUAGAAAUGCAAGCAAUAUGUUCUUGCUGUUCAUGUAUUUCAGGGUGUCUUUCAUUUAGUUUGGGUGGAGAACACAUAGCUGAAAAGGAAAUGUUGCAAUUUCUGUGUUUCCCUUUAUUAGUAAGGCCACAGUGCACAUUUUUACUGCUGGUAUGGCUUUUUUACUGAUCAGGAUUGUACUGGCUAUUAUUGCAAUUGCAAGUUCUAUUAUGAUCAUUUCUUCCUGUACUAUUAUGAUAAUUUCUUACUGACUGACUUGUUGUAGAGUUUCAGUUCUGGCACGAUGGAUAAUACUGAAAAUGACACAAUGGUAUUUUGAAUUUAAAACAAGUCAUUCUUACAGAUGGAUCUGCCCCCUCGACCAGCACUAUUUAACUUCCAUGGAGUGUCCAUGAUCGAAUAUGUGACUGACAAUUGGGACAACAUACAGAACUUCAAAGUGAGACCAGAUGAUAUCCUUAUAGCUUCUUACCCUAAAGCAGGAACCACAUGGGUCUCUUACAUCCUGGAUCUUCUGUAUUUUGGGCAGACAUGUUCAGAGCGCCAGGCAUCUGUUCCCCUUUACAACAGAGUGCCAUUUCUGGAUGGCAUGAGAUUUUCUCUUCCCACAGGUAAAGAUUUGGCAGACCAGCUUCCCACCACUCCUCGUCUCAUCAAAACUCAUCUACCAGUUCAGUUCAUACCCAAGUCUUUCUGGGAGCAGAACAGCAGGAUAGUCUAUGUGGCUCGUAAUGCAAAGGACACUGCAGUGUCCUAUUUCCACUUUCACCGCAUGAACUCCCUUCUGCCAGAGCCGGAGGACUGGAGUAACUUUCUACAGAAUUUCAUGAAGGGAAAUGUGACGUAUGGGUCAUGGUAUGACCAUGUAAAUGGCUGGUGGGAGAAGAAACAGACGUAUUCAAAACUUCACUGCAUAUUCUAUGAAGAUCUGACUGAGGACUUUGAAAGCGAGUUAGACCGACUGUGUUCCUUCCUUGGCUUAUCCCCUUCGGCUGAGGAGAAGGAAAGAGUCAGAACUGGAGCAAUGUUUGACAAUAUGAAACAAAACAAAAUGACCAACUAUUCCACUCGCUCACAUAUGAAUCAGAAGGUGUCUCCUUUCCUGAGAAAAGGAAAAGUUGGUGACUGGAAAAACCACUUCACUGUCGCCCAGAAUGAAGAGUUUGAUGAAGACUACAGACACAAAAUGACACAAAAUCCCACACUGAAGUUUCGCACUGAAGUGUAGAAGCCCCUUUGUUUGUUUGGAUAGGCUGAUAUUAAUGUUAAUGUUAAUCAGUCAGAUGUUAUCCUGAUGUUUGAUGAAUGUUAGACAUGUUGAAUUUUCUUGUAUGGUGCUGUUAGAACUGUAUUUGCUGUAUUUACAUUGAAGUGGUACAUACCAACUGCAGCCAAUAGCCAGCCCCUUUUCCUCAGUCAGUUGUCAGGCUGUCUUGAUCUCCUACCUGUUCAUUGGACUUCGGCCUUCUAAUUUGCCACUUGACUGGUUAAGUUUACUUGUCUUUGUUUGCUUGCCUGGUUUCCAGUUUCCUGUUUUGUGUCCUUGAGUUAAGACAAGCAUUUUUAUCUGCUUGGUUUCACGGUUGUGCUUUUGGGUCCAAACUUGCAUUUUCUGAGUCAUCACAUUUGAGAGAAUAUCAUGUAAUACAUAAAAAUGGCUUUUGUCCUUUGGUGAGGGA